GUCAAUGUGAUUUGUUUAGUUUUGGUGUGGAAGUUUUCAUCAAUUUUAAGUUAUUGAUCACGGAAGUUUAAAAUAAAGAUAUCACAAUGUACGGCCUUCUACUUGAGAAUAUGGCUGAGUACAUAAGACAGACCUACGGUGAGGAGAGAUGGGAGGACAUAAGGAGGCAGGCUGGAGUAGAACAGCCAUCUUUCUCCGUGCACCAAGUUUACCCAGAGAACCUGAUCACACGACUCGCGAAAAAAGCACAAGAGGUUUUAGGCAUAUCAGAAAGGGAAUUUAUGGAUCAGAUGGGUGUUUACUUCGUCGGCUUCGUUUCUCAAUACGGCUACGACAGAGUUCUAUCAGUUUUGGGCCGGCAUAUGAGGGAUUUCCUAAACGGGCUGGACAAUUUGCACGAGUAUCUGAAAUUCAGUUAUCCAAGAAUGAGAGCGCCGAGUUUCAUCUGCGAGAAUGAAACGAGACAAGGGUUGACGUUGCAUUACAGAUCGAAGCGGCGAGGGUUUGUGUAUUACGCUAUGGGGCAAAUAAGAGAGGUAGCCCGACAUUUUUACCACAAAGAAAUGCGAAUAGAGUUACUACGUGAGGAACUGCUCUUCGACACGGUGCACGUGACCUUCCAGCUGACCUUCGACAAUCGAGCCUUCACGCUGGCGUCCUUGGCGAUGACAAGGGAAGAAAAACACCUGCCCAUAAGCGCUUCUGUGUUGUUCGAAAUAUUUCCCUUUUGUAUUGUUUUCGGCUCCGACAUGGUCGUUCGAAGCAUCGGCAACUCCUUGAUGGUCAUUCUACCGGACUUAGUUGGCAAGAAAAUAACAAAUUGGUUCGAUUUAGUCCGACCGCUCAUCGCAUUCAAGUUUCAAACUAUCUUAAACCGCACCAACAACAUAUUCGAACUAGUCACCGUAGAAGCCGUUAUGCACGAAAAGGCCCCUGACAAGAGAAACGAGCUGAUUCGACUGUCCGAUGAGUCCGACACCACUACGGAGAAAAACUUAAGGCUGAAAGGAGUCAUCUCAAAGGAGCGUUAUGCGUACGAUGGAAGGCGUUUGCCUGAUGUUAUAAAUUUACAUCUGAAAGGUCAAAUGAUCUACAUGGACAACUGGCGGAUGAUGAUGUACCUGGGCACGCCAGUGAUGCCAGAUCUUGCUGCUCUCGUGUCCACAGGCCUUUACAUCAAUGAUUUGUCUAUGCACGACUUUAGCAGAGAUCUAAUGUUGGCCGGUACGCAGCAAUCCGUGGAAUUGAAACUAGCUUUAGACCAGGAACAGCAGAAGAGCAAGAAAUUAGAAGAAUCCAUGAGGAAACUAGACGAAGAGAUGAAGAGGACAGACGAACUGCUGUAUCAGAUGAUACCCAAGCAAGUCGCAGAUAGGUUGCGAAAUGGAGAGAAUCCGAUCGAUACGUGUGAGAUGUUCAACAGCGUGUCGAUUUUGUUUUCUGACGUGGUUACUUUUACGGAGAUUUGCUCACGGAUCACGCCAAUGGAAGUAGUGUCCAUGCUUAACGCCAUGUACUCCAUCUUCGACACCCUCACUGAAAAGAACCGCGUUUAUAAGGUAGAAACUAUAGGUGACGCGUACAUGGUGGUGUCGGGUGCGCCAGAAAAAGAAGAUAACCACGCUGAGAAAGUCUGUGACAUGGCACUUGAUAUGGUAGAUGCGAUCACCGAUCUUAAGGAUCCAAGCACUGGAUCACAUCUAUCAAUCCGAGUGGGAGUCCAUUCGGGAGCAGUAGUGGCCGGAAUCGUGGGCCUCAAGAUGCCCCGCUACUGCCUCUUCGGGGACUCCGUCAACACAGCGUCCCGCAUGGAGUCCACCUCUGAGGCCAUGAGGAUCCAUAUCUCGCAGACCACACAGGAAUUGCUGUCACCCUGCUACAAAGUUACUGAACGGGGGGAGAUUCAGGUCAAAGGGAAAGGCGCUAUGAAGACCUACUGGCUGGAGGGUUGCGAAUCAAGACCAGCUCUAACGAAGAUUAUUUCAACGCAAAUCGAGCCUAUCUCCCAACUUGAAUGGGAAAGAGCCGCUGACGCCAGGGACAGUAUUGCAGAACAUUCUGCCCAACAGUACAACAAUAAGGAAACCAAUUCAUUCCUCUUUGCAAGCGCCAACUCCGAACCUAAUUCCCUUUUAAAUAGCCCUUGUAAUCCCUUUGCAUUCCAACCAUCGGCUCCAACUCUAAAGCAGACUCCGACUGUGACGUCACCCGUGGAAGAGAGAAGAAUGUAUUCUCCUGUCACAUUCCAAGAUGUUGCCAGACGGAGUAUAGCGAAUUCACCAAAUAGGACUGAUAAAGAUAAAGAUUUCCGCGCCUUACCAGAAUCAAGAUCGACAUCUACAAGCGUGGGCGGUCCGUGGACUGACGCGGAGUCACUGGACCCACAAAGAACCUUGGACAGCUUGAACUCUUCAUUUUGUUACAGUUCCACGUCCCCUUGCAGAGUAGGAACUGCGCCGAUAACAAAAGAACGUGAUAGUGAUGUAUUUACAGACAAUGUGUGUACAGUGCGCAAAUCACCUGCGCACUCUGCACCAGUGGGCGUGACCAAAACCCUGAAUUUUGGUGCCGCGGCAGUUUCCGAGUCACAGCCUCGCACUGCUUCCCCAUCGCCUAUCCCCGCGCCGCAGCAUAGCAUCGACGAUAUCGAAACCGAUACAGAAUACCAAGACGCGCAUGGAGAUGGAAACCACAUUUGCGCGGCAACGGAAAACGCCGAGCUCCCGAAACAAAGCAAAGUCGGCAGGUUCCGAACACGGAUAUCUCUUCACCAUAGAGUUUACAACUCAAUACAUCCAAAUAAAGAAUCUGUUAAAGACAAACUUGUACCGCUGUCGGCAAAUAUACAGCCCCAUGGUCACCACCACACGAAAAAUGUAAAUCACCAUCAAUGCUGUGGCGCUUUCGGCAAUCCCCAUGUACGGCAUAAAUCAAGUAAUUCCAGUUGUCGUUUAAUAUAAUUUAAUUAUCUGUAGUUAGCAAUCAAUACCAUAGACGUGUAUUGGACUG